GCAGGGUGGAGACUGUCCCCGAACGGCGGGGCAGUCCCGAAAAAAAUAAUCGGCGACUCCAAUGCCGUCAUAGUUCCUUGUCCCUGCCGUUCCGGCAACAGCAUCCUUCCCGGUAGCUUUUCCCACCUACAUCCACGGCAAAUCCACCACUUAACCCACGAAACGGAAGCGCAGUCACGAUGUUCACCUGUCUCUAGCUUCAUUUCUGUUCUCCUUCCUCUUUUUCUCCCCAGCGGAAACAUCAUACGGCCAUGGUCGGUUUGCGCCACGCUUAAACCCUCUCUUUCAUCUUCUCGCCCACCGAGCAAAGGGGAGCAUCAAGCUCGCCAGCCAACCGUUGCGCAACCAUGUCCGAUGGUUCCCGUAAAUCGGGCACGAAGUCCACCUUCCACUUCGUAGCCGGUCUCGGCUCCGGCGUUCUCUCCGCCAUCCUCCUCCAACCCAUCGACCUCCUCAAGACCCGCGUCCAACAAUCCGGCAAACACUCGCUCCGCGCCGCCCUCGCCGAGCUGCGCUCCUCCCCAAAAGGCCUCCUCCCCUCCCUCUGGCGCGGCACCCUCCCCUCAGCCCUGCGCACCGGCUUCGGCUCCGCCAUCUACUUCACGACCCUCAACACCAUCCGCGAGAAUGCCGCGCGCCACCUGCCCUCGCUCGCGGCCGCCACCGCAAACCAAACAUCCUCCUCCCUCCCCAAGCUCUCCCACACGGGCAACCUCCUCGCCGGCGCCGUCGCCCGCUCUUUCGCCGGGUUCAUCCUCAUGCCGCUCACCGUCCUCAAGGUCCGGUACGAAAGCAGUUUCUACAAGUACACCUCGCUAGCGGGCGCCGCGCGGGAUAUCGCGCGAACGGAAGGAGCGCGCGGGUUCUUCGCUGGGUUCGGCGCAACCGCCAUUCGCGAUGCGCCGUACGCUGGUCUUUAUGUUUUGUUCUACGAACAAUCGAAACGAUAUCUUAGCGACCUUUUCCCGCAAGAGGGGCGCAUGACCCAAUCCCGCGCCGCCUCGAUCAACUUCGCCUCGGGCGUUUUUUCCGCAGUCAUCUGUUCGAUUGUUUCGAACCCGUUUGAUGCGGUCAAGACGAGGAUCCAGCUGCAGCCGAAGAAGUACAGGAAUAUGGUGCAAGCUUCGAGAAAGAUGUUGGGCGAGGAGGGCGUGAGGAGCAUGAUGGAUGGGUUGGCGCUCAGGAUGAGCAGGAAGGCGAUGAGCUCGGCGUUGGCGUGGACGGUUUAUGAGGAGCUGAUCAGACGGGCAGAGGGGGCGUGGAGGAAGGGGGGGCCGGAGGAAGUCAAGCUAUGAACCCGCUUUUUUGAGAAGAUAAAAAGGUGUUGAUCACCUGGGUACAUUGAAAGAUUGGCUGGGAAGGAAGAAGGACCUGAAGAGAAAUUCAGAGGCCAAUCAAGGCUACGGGAAAGGGAGAUCAUGAAUCACUGUCAUGGUGGAGCGGGAAAAGGGAAAAAGUUACCCCAGGCGGUAGGUACGGGUACGCAUUUUGGUUAUUCAUCAUGGUGUUUUUGUGGUUGUUGGGGUUUGUAUCACCAUUAUAGAUAUCCCUCUGCUCAGCGAUUAACGACAUGUACAAUUAGCGAUGAAAGACUUUGUAAGAUACGAGACUACUCAAAGAGGCACAGCCAGCGGCUUUGUCGUGGUAUGGAUUGAUGAUGGGCGGGUAUCAUGGUUAGGGCAGGCUAAGGUUCAAUGGGAAU